UAGUUGGGGUGGAGUUUCGUCGCCUGGACUGCCCCCUACCGACGCCCCUCACUAACGGCAUCUGGAGGAUGAGAGGGGAUGAGAUCCGCAUCGGCUCCAAGACUGAAGCCCGCUGCUCCUCCGGGCACAUCCUGUCCGGUCCCGACACCAUGUUCUGCGCUCCUAACGGCCGCUGGGUGGCGCCACGUAGCGGUGGCGUCAAGUCGCUGUGCGUGGUUGUGCGGAACUGCGGACCGCAUCCAGACAUCGCCAACGGUCACCACCGAAUGAUCAACGGGACAACGACCACCUUCAGCCAGCUACGCGUCAGCUGCAAGGAAGGAUACACGACGGCGCUGCCGCUGCGACACUGCUCGGUAGAUGGCGUGUGGAGCGGCGCCGACGCACCGUGCACACUGGUGGACUGCAGCCGACCCCUAGCUCCCGUCAACGGCUACGUGGGUCUGCUGCACAACUCUACCCUGUACGGCAGCGUCGUGGAGUACGGAUGCGACCUGGGCAAGAUCCUUGCUGGCGAGGCCGUGAGAACGUGUACGGCUGCAGGGUUAUGGAGCAGCGCAGCACCCGUAUGCGAAGAUCCUCAAGCGCUCGAGGCAGUCGUGCUCGGCCCCGGAGAUAGAGCUGGACUGUCACGUGGCGCCAUCUUCGGGAUCAUUUUCCCACUAAUCGCGCUGCUGCUGCUUGCCUUCAUCCUCACGGCUGUUGCCUUGCUGCAUCGCCGCAGGAAGGCGGGAGGGUCUAGUGAAGCCAUCAAUGAAUCCCUGGUCAGCAGCAUGUCCAUCGACAUCCCGCGUGCCAAGAGCGCGCUUGGCACCGUGCCAAAAUCGCCGUUCAGCAUCGACGCCGACACGUUCAAGUUCUGGCGCAGCGGAAGUCGGGGUCAGACGAGCGGAGGCAGCGAAUUCUCUCGAUCCGGAAUGGCGGGCGGAGCAUCCGACAUGACCCGACCCAGCGCACAGAGGUCAGCCUCAUCCGGAUCCGGUAGCAUGCUGCCCCCUGGCGGUCUCCCUUACAUGGGCGGCGACCCGCGGACCAUGACACCGAGCUCCAUGGAUACUGGCAUGGGAGGAGGCAUGGGAGGAGGCAUGGGAGGUCUAGGAAGAGGUAUGGGAGGCAUGGGAGGAGGCAGCAAGCUGUACGAGUCCUCAGCACACGACAGGCACAGGUUCGAAGCUGCCGCCCUCCCGCGGACGGCGGAGGAAUCAUCGACGACAUCAG